AUGAGCGAAAACCCUGUGGAUUACGGGGCCGUGCUGUCGCCACAUGGCAGACUCAGCACGCGCGACCGCGACCGCGACCGCGACAGCUCCGUCAACUCCUUUCGGGCGUCUAUUGGCAUCGUCUCGCUCAGCGUCACGCCGCCGAAGACCGCGCGGGCGCCUUGCAGCAUUAGCUCCAGUCUCGUCCAGGCAUCGCCAACGCCGAAGCAGAAGCAGACGGUGCAACACCGCAUGCCAGAGAUGCCCGGCGAUCCGCUUCUCAACCGCGUGCAGUUCCACUACCCGAUGAAGCCGCGUGGGCAGCCGUGCACGAAGGCCCUGCUGGCGGUGCGGCGGCCCACCGCGAGUGGCGGCGAGGAACAGCAGCUCGACGGCGUGGAGGCCUCCGUUGUGGCGGUGCAACGGGAAAUGGUAGGCAUGUUAACCAGACACCUUCCAGAGAUCAGUGAGGGGCCGGCAUUCUCCAAGAUGCUCCCGUCUGAGUCGUCCAUGGCGGUGAAGGGUCCGUUGUUGGAUGACCGCAUCACACCACAAACACUGCACGCGUUGUUGAACAAAGGCCGCACCAUCGCAUCCAAGAUUGUCGCACAGGAUAAAAGUAAGCGACGCCACGUGGAAGAGGAGAAACCGGUAUCGAGUCACGUGGUAGACAGUCUGCGCACCCAAGUGGAUCGGCUUGAGCCGCCCUACGUUGAUCACAUGCUGCAAGCAAAAGCCUACAAGAAGACGCAAAAUGGGGACGGAACCUUGCAGCGCGAGGUACUCCCCAUAACAGCAUCUGGGGCAGGUCCAAAACAUGAGCCAUGGCAGGCAGAACAGGUGUAUCACUCGCACCUCAUCGCGCCACCGCCUUCGCGACUUUCUGUGUCUAGGUCACCCGUACAACACGCGGAAGAGCAGCUGCAGCGCCACUUGUCUGUGCUUUCCUCCUCAACGGCAUCCUCCAUGGGUGAUGAAGCGACAUCCCUCAAGUUUAUGCUGACACGCUCCACCAGUGUUGGUGACGACGCUGCUAUCAUUGAUCAAGUUGUCGCCUACGCAGCGUCGCGGCGGCGUCCUGAAAUCGGCGACGGUGAAAGGGACGCAAAAACGGAUAACAGUUCAGGCAUCCCAUCAUUCCACCCUUCGUACAACCCUGUAUUCUCGGUGCUCGACGCUGUGCUUUCGGUGAGUAAGGAGUUUGAAAAGGUGCAGCAGACUUGGCCAGGCAGCGGUGCCGCUCAGAUUAGCGCCUCACGCCAUGCUAUCAUUGAUCGUCUCGUGUCGCUAGGGUCGUCACGCAUUCCGCGCGAUCUGUGGGUGACGAUUCACAGUCCCACCUUCCCUGGAUCUAGGCAGCACCACCAGCAGGAAGAACUGGCAGGCCGCAUUCCAGCCAAGACCUCCCUCUUGUUUCCAGCAGUGAAAGCGACGGGCCGGGCGCAGGUGUACCUACUCGCUGACACACUUGACCGUAUGCUGCAGGAAAUACCUGACGCGCUCGCUGUGUUGGCUGACAAGGAAAUUGCACAGCGCCUGCUGCCCAAGGCACCUGAGAAGAAUACCUCAUCGUACAUGAGCAACGCGGAUGUAGAGCGGCUCAUUGACCCAUUAGCCAUGAAGAGCUCUGACAACGCACACCUACAGUACGUGGAGACGGCAAAGCAGGUGAUGGAGAUCGUGGACGCAGGCCUUGUCGAGAUUGUGCGGCAGGUGUCUGGCCUAUGUGCCGAGAGGGGUGCGCUUCUCGAUGCUCUUCGCCUUGUCGUUGGUGAUGUUCUCUCAAGCUCUCUGUGGCUUGUUGGAUACUGCAAGGAUCAGGCCCGCCACGAGGCGGAGACACGUCGUGACCUCAUCGCCGCCUCUCGCCGCGACGUGGAGGAGGCCAUCAUGCUACGGGAGGAGCUGCGUAAGGGGAGACAAGAGGUAGCGGCGCUGCAGCAGGCCAACGGCGAGCUGGAAGGGAAAGCCUCAAAGUACGACACCCUCAUGGAGAGGUUGCAGCUGAAGGACAAAAAUUUCUCUAAGCACCCGCCGGACCAGCACCUGCGACUGCUGAUGGAGCUCGAGGAGAGCUACACACAGCUGACGACAAAAGGGCUGGAGGAGUUGUACGAGUGCGGGAACCUGGAGUCCAAGGGAGAUGAAAAAGUCUUUGACGCACCCACGACGCACAUGAACAACCUCAAGCAGGAGGAGCAGCAAGUAUCCAAGGAUGAGUUGUACGUUGAGUCCUACCGUCUCCUCAAUUCACUGACGGAUGCGUUGCGGGCGGUGGACGGCGCCUGCCAGCCGCUGUACGAACGCCUCGCGCUGCCGAACCCGUUUUCCACAUCGCAGGUGGCCUCGUCGAAGUGGACGGAGAUCGCCCAUGCGGUUGGCUCCUUUGAGGUGGAGAAGAAGCACCGACGACAGGUGUUUGAGGUGUUUGCGCGGUGGAACAACAUGCUGAACAACCCUACUCCCGCUCCUUUGGCCGCACCGUCAGGCGCAGGCGAUGAUACUGGUGAGUCGGAGUACCGACUCUCUUCCAAGGCACGGCCUGAGGCACAUGACUCCUCGGCUCCGUCCACCAAGGACAAGGACACCAAUGAUAGUAUCAGGAAGAAGCGCGCAAAGUUCAUCACGCGGAGUGAUCUGACGGCGAUGGGCGUCAAGGACUGCACACCAGACGAAAUCAACGCGCUCUACGCGUAUGGCUUUGACAUGGCGGCAUACCUGCGGCCUGAGUGGACCCCGCCCGGUGAAUACGAGAUGAGCCUCAAGGUGAUUCGCGACAUGGUGCACGACGUCACGGAGUCGCUGCGGCACAUCACACUGCGCAUGGAAGCGCUGUCGAACAGUAGCUUGUUGAAGGAGGCAACGAAGCCGCCGCCGAAGGCGCCCGCGCGCCCCGAUGACCCGUGUGAGAUCUGCGGUCGGCGCGACAACGUGGCGAUGGAGAAGAAGAACAAGGGUGAGAUUAUGCAGCGCGUGGCGAAUGAGAUACAGCGGCGCUACGAGGAAAUAAUGAUGAAGUGCCAAAGGGCAGAGGCGGACCGCGAGGCCUACCGCAAGGACCUCCAGCGGUUCCAGAUGCGGGAAAAGAAGCAGAUGCAGGAGUGGGUGCAGCGGGAGGAUGAGCUGAAGCGCGCCAACGCCGCCCUCGCGGAGGACAACCGGCAGAUGGCGCAAAACUUGUACAUGGUGACGCACGCGCCAUCACCGCCCCGCGGCGGAUCGCCGCAUUCACACUCACCGAAAACUGCAUCGGUGAACACAAACGAGACGAGUGACGACGACGACGACGAUGAGUACGACAGUGGUGAAUGA